UCAACAUUUCAACGUCACAAAGCAGGUGUAGAUUUAAAAAAAGGUGUAGACAUGUUCGAAUUUUUUAAAAAACUUAGACGAUUUGAUGCCUACCCUAAAACACUAGAAGAUGUUAGAAUACAGACAUAUGGGGGCGGAACUAUUACUAUUAUUAGUUUUAUCAUUAUGGGUUUACUGUUUUGGACUGAAUUAGUCAACUAUCUCACAGCAAAUGUUACAGAAGAACUUUUUGUCGAUACAUCAAGGAGUCCAAACAUUCAAAUUAAUUUGGAUUUUACAAUUCCAAAGAUUUCUUGUGAUUUUUUAGCUUUAGAUGCAAUGGACUCCUCGGGUGAACAGCAUCUUCAAAUAGAUCACAAUAUUUACAAGAGGAGGUUAGAUCUUCAAGGUAAACCUAUCGAGGACCCAAAAAAAGAGGAUAUUACUAUUAAAAGCAAGAAUGACACGGAUGUUGCCGUUCAAAACAAAACGGAGUGCGGCAGUUGUUACGGUGCUGCACUCGACCCCAGUAAAUGUUGCAAUACGUGCGACGACGUAAGAGAAGCUUACAGGGAACGAAGGUGGGCACUGGAGAAUUUAGAAAAUAUAUCUCAGUGCCAGGAAGAAAAAAUCAGCGAGAAGCUGAAAACGGCUUUCACGCAAGGUUGCCAGAUAUACGGUAGCCUAAUAGUUAACAGAGUUAGCGGUAGUUUCCACAUAGCCCCCGGGAAAAGCUUUAGUGUUAGCCACGUACAUGUGCACGAUGUACAACCGUUUUCUUCCGGCGAGUUUAAUACGACGCACACAAUCCGGCACUUAUCAUUUGGGACUAGCAUCGACAGUCGGACUCACAAUCCGUUGAAGGAUACUGUAGGCCUUGCGACAGAGGGUUCAACCAUGUUCCAAUACUAUUUGAAAAUAGUGCCAACCACAUAUGUGAAGAAAGAUGGAACUAUUAUAAACUCGAAUCAGUUUUCAGUAACGAAGCAUCAAAAAACAGUGUCGAUGUUGAGUGGAGAAUCGGGGAUGCCUGGUAUAUUUUUCCAAUACGAAUUGUCUCCGUUGAUGGUGAAAUAUGCAGAAAGUGAGAGAUCUAUUGGACAUUUCCUUACAAACGUGUGUGCUAUUAUCGGUGGAGUGUACACUGUCGCUGGACUUCUCGACACCUUCCUGUAUCACUCGGUGAAGUUGAUACAGAAAAAAAUUGAAUUAGGCAAAUUAAAUUAGUUUUAUAUUUUGUACAGAAUAAAAUAAUUUAUUUAAGUA